UCGCUCCUAAGACAUUCAUCAUUUCAUGGAACAAACAGUAUUGGCCAUUUGGGUCUGAUCAUUAAGAACAAGAAAGAGAGAAAAAAGCUCAUUUUUUGAGCGAGCCAGAGAAAGAAAAGGAGAGAGAGAGAGAGAGGAUGCCAGCAAACAUGAACCGUGAGGAUGAUCAUAUAGUACACUUCUCUCAAUCAUGCUACGCUGAUGCAUACACCCAAAUGGUAACCCAACAAGGUGAUCAGACGUCAAAACCAAUUCGACGACGCCGGAAGAAGAGUAAAGGAGGAAACGCUGGCGACGGAGGAGCGAAGAAGAGGAAGCUGAGUGAGAAGCAAGUGAAUCUUCUUGAGGUUCACUUUGGAAAUGAACAUAAGUUGGAGUCGGAGAGAAAGGACAGGCUUGCUUCUGAACUGGGUCUUGAGCCUCGCCAAGUUGCCGUUUGGUUUCAGAACCGUAGGGCACGCUGGAAGAACAAGAAACUUGAGGAAGAGUACUCUGCUUUGAAGAAAGAACACGAAAGCACGAUUUUUGAGAAAUGCCAGCUUGAGUCUGAGGUGUUGAAGCUGAAGGAACGGCUGUCGGAGGCGGAGAAAGAGAUUCAGCGGCCCUCCCAAUUACCGGCCGAGAUGGUUCCAAGUAACAGCACGAGUUCAUCACCGUCGGUGGACACCAUGGCCGGCGCCGGCCAACCAUUUCUUGGGGAGUGUGAGAUCAUGGAUACAUACACGGAUAUUUUUAACACCACAACAUUCUAUUACGCUCAUGCGGGCAUGGAUUGGAUCAGCCAGUAUAUGUAGUAUAUAUAGUUGAUGAUGCAGGAUGCAGCUCUUUAAUUUAGUAUUUUGUAGAUAUUGACAAUCUCUAAUGUAAUCAUGAUCAUGACUUUAAUUCCCCUCUUGAUCUCAAGCUAUCUAUCUAUCUAGCUAGUUAGUGUCUAAUUCUCUGAUCAGUCAUGUAUAAUUAUUAAUAGGACUAGAUGAUGAUUAGUACGUUCUAGUACUCUUGAUAUGUUAAUCAACUUAUAAUUUAGUAGUAGUUUGCUUGUUAACUGAAA